AUGUCUGCACCAGAAGAGUCCCCAGCCCAGCGCGCCGCUCGUCUACGACGGGAGCGACGUGAAGCCAAAAUCAAGGAGGGAGGUUCAGCGCGCCUGGAUAAGAUCACCAGUCUUAGCGGUCGCACUCCCCAAGCAGCCCGCGAGGAGGCCUCGCCAUCUCCUCAGAAUGCAAUCUCGCCAUCCCCAUCUCCUAUUCCGCAGAACCGUACCAUGCCCGCACCUCAACCGAAUAUGCAGUCCGCAGAAUCCCUUCAGGCGCAGCAGGAGGCAUUCCGUGCCAUGCUUCGGCAAGCCGCACCAGAACAAGGUCAGGACGAGGAUGUCAAUGAUGCAGAGGACCCAACGAUAAAGCUUCUCAACUCUCUUUUGGGCGCGAUGCCAGGUGAUUCCAAUGGUUCUCCCCUUGGCACCCAAGGUGCUAUGCCUGAAGGACAACCCGGGCUUUCACCGGCGGCGAUUGCAUCGGCGCUGGGCUUGCCGCCCUUUAUUGCAAACAUGAUAGGUGGUGCCACUCAACCGCCGACUGAGAAGGAGCAGAAGACCGCUCAAGUAUGGAAGGUUCUUCACAUUAUUUUUGCACUUGGGGUGGCGAUCUAUCUACUAUUCAUUAUUGGCACAUCUGUUGCGAUGUUCGGCAGCCCACCCCCGAAGCCUGCUACUGCGCAGAAUCCGUUCUUGAUCUUCGUUACUGGUGAGAUGGUCCUCACAUCUGGCAGGGCACUAUUUGGAGGGAAAAAGGGUGGAUUGAGUAUGGGCAUUCAGGCCUUUAGGGACGUGAUUCGAGAUGGCAGUCUUGUUCUGUUUGUGCUGGGCCUGGGAGCUUGGUAUCAUCGUGAGUGGCAGGUCAUCAAAUUCUAA